AGACCUUGAGACUCGAGCUACUUCAGUUCACUUGAUAUCAUCAUCCUAUCAUACAAACAUCGUUGUAAUUUAUAAUUAUUGCAUAACCUAGCCGAUAGUGAGUAGUAGUUAUUCAAAAAACUAAUAAGUAAAAAUAAAUAAAAAAGAUGCCGAUUGAUUACGCAGCGUUCGCUUACGCGGCUUCUGUUGCUGGAGGUGGAAUACUCGGUUAUGUUAAAUCAAAAUCAAUUCCGUCACUAGCCGCUGGCUUACUUUUUGGUACAAUUUUGGGAUUCGGGGCUUAUCAAACCUCACAGGAUCCUCGUAAUUGCGCAGUACUUUUGGGAUCAAGUGCCACUUUAGGUGGUAUGAUGGGCUAUCGUUAUUACAAUACCGGUAAAAUUAUGCCCGCUGGUGCUAUUGCAAUUAUUAGCGCUGUGAUGUUCAUAAGAACAGUAGUAAAAAAUGUAACAACUCCAGAAGCGCAAAAAGUCGAAUAAAUAAUAAAUAAAUUUAAAUAUCGCAUUUAAUUUAUACGAGAACAAAUUUUCAUAUUUUAUAACUUUUGUAAGAAUUAAAUACGAAGAAUAUUAUUAUAUUGUAUGUAAUCCGAAACACGAGAGUACGUUAACGUCAGAUAAGAGCACUUCAUUCCGUAUCAUAAUUAGAGUGUAGUGUACUUUUAUUGUUAUUCCAAAAAACGAGCUCUCCUAUAUACUAUCUUGUGUUUUUACUCAAAAUAUUCUUACCGGUCUCAAAUAUUAUGUUUAUAAAUACAAAUAGGGUUUAAGGUGUUAUGUACUUUGUUUAAUUUGCUUAUUAAAAUUUCCUAGAUCAAAAA